GCUGAUGGACGAUAUGGGAGGCCGUGCCUUCAUCGAGUUCGUUCCGUACAUCGAGGAGCAGGAACUCUUCACCCUACUCAUCCGGAACGGUAGCACCGGUGAGCGCUGGUUACGGCUGCACGAUCUGUAUCAGCUGAACGCGCGUUUCUUUCCCGAACAGUACACCGUACUGCGCGGUGGGUCCCAUUUCGAUCACUUUCUCGACGAAGACGAUGAGCAGGAGCGGGAUGGUUAUGCCGCCGGCGAUGGAUCGUCAGCCAAAGUGAUCACACUCACGAUCCGUGAUCCGUUUCCAGCCAUAGCUGCCGGUCAAACGGCUUGCAAUUACAAGGUGUCUCAAGACACCGUAACGCGUAUAGCGAAGCGAUGCAACGGUGAGCUCGAGGAACGGCUGGAACAACAGCAGCAACAGAACGAUGAGACUGCUAGCAUUACGUUCAACUUUGAUGAACAACCAGAUCUGGAACAGCAUCCGGGGCCCAGUCCGGCCAUUAUUCUGCAAGCAUUAACCAUGUCCAACGCGAACGACGGCAUCAAUUUGGAACGAUUGGAAACGAUCGGUGACUCUUUUCUCAAGUACGCCAUUACAACCUACCUCUACUGUCGCUAUGACAACGUGCACGAAGGUAAACUUAGCCAUCUGCGGUCGAAGCAGGUUUCGAAUCUGAACCUCUACCGCCUCGGAUGUCGGAAACGGUUGGGGGAUUGUAUGAUCGCGGCCAAAUUCGAACCGCACGACAACUGGCUUCCUCCGUGUUACUACGUGCCGAAGGAACUCGAACAGACGCUCAUCGAUGCGAAGAUUCCCGCGUGCCACUGGAAUUUGGCUGAUUUGCCCGACAUCAAGCGGCUUUCGUGUGCGGAAAUUUGCCAACUGGUCAAAGAGCGAGCUCGGGCAAAGCGCAGAGAAGAGCUGGAGCGAAGAAACCUACUGACUCACACGAAUCCGGGCGCACAGGGUGUUAACGGCCAAGCUGAUAUGAAUAUUGAUGAUGAUGAUGAUGGGGAUGAGGAAGAAGAUGACAAUGAUGAGGAUGAAGAUGAAGAUGACGACGACGAUGACGAUGAUGAUGAGUGUAAUGAGGGUGGAUCGGAUUUCUUCUCCUGCUUCAUCCCCUACAACCUCGUGACGCAGCACAGCAUCCCGGAUAAAUCGGUGGCCGAUUGUGUCGAAGCACUGAUCGGUGCCUAUCUGAUCGAAUGUGGACCACGUGGUGCGCUCCUGUUCAUGGCAUGGCUCGGCAUUCGAGUGCUGCCAAUAUGCAGUAACAGCCGUGUCCCGAAAUCGACCAACACGGAAGGCACGCAAGAGCUGGAGCCGUACAGAGGAGGAGGAGGAACCGUCGACAUAACGGAAUACGGACAUUGGAUAGCACCACCAUCCCCGAUGGUGCGAGCGAACAUUACAUUCGGUGGCCUCGAAACCGGCGCUAGUGCGACCGCCCGAGAACUCAACCGGUUGCUCGAAGGCUUUGAGGUGUUUGAGAGUGCGCUCGGUUACCAUUUCCAGGAUCGGUCCUAUCUGCUGCAGGCCAUGACACACGCUUCGUACAGUCCGAACCGAUUGACCGACUGCUACCAGCGGCUCGAAUUCCUUGGUGAUGCCAUUCUGGAUUAUCUGAUUACGCGCCAUCUGUACGAAGAUCGGAGGCAGCAUUCACCCGGUGCGCUCACCGAUCUCCGAUCGGCACUGGUCAACAAUACAAUCUUCGCCGCGCUCGCGGUUCGGCAUGGAUUUCAUCGGUACUUCCUGCACCUGUCACCCGGUCUGCAGGAGGUAAUCGAUCGGUUCGUGCGGAUCCAGCAGGAGAACGGUCACCGUAUCACCGAGGAGGAGUACUACCUGCCCGACGAGGACGAUGAUGUGCUAGCGGCCGAUGGAGGAGGCUUCAGUGGUGGAUACGGUGAGAUUGAAGGAGGCCAAGCGUUGAUGGGUUCUGGCGAGGCGGAAGACGUCGAAGUGCCGAAAGCGCUCGGCGACGUGUUCGAAUCGAUCGCCGGAGCCAUCUUCCUCGAUUCCGGCAUGUCACUAAACACCGUGUGGAAGGUGUACCGUAAGAUGAUGGGCCCUGAGAUAGAAAAGUUCAGCAGUUCCGUGCCCAAAUCGCCGAUUCGUGAACUGCUGGAAAUGGAACCGGAGACGGCCAAGUUUGGCAAACCCGAAAAACUGGCCGAUGGUCGGCGUGUGCGGGUCACCGUCGAGGUGUUCGGUAAGGGAACGUUCCGGGGCAUCGGGAGAAACUAUCGCAUCGCCAAAUGUACAGCGGCCAAGUGCGCUCUUCGGCAGCUCAAGAAGCUUGGCUACAGCAGCCACCACAAGCGCCGUUAAUGGAUUGGAGUUAGUAACCAGAAACACUUCGAAAUCAUUCCUUCUCAUGCUCAUACUAUUACUCUAAGUAGUGAAAUGAAUAAUUAAGUAAAUUACACUUCAGGGGUCCGCCAAGCAGAAGCUAAAAAGUAAUAAACGUUUGACCAGUGUAA